UCCUGUAAAAAUUUUCCGACUCUUCACUUUUUUCAACGCUAUAAAUCAGUACUCUCUGAAAGCAACCACAGCCUUCACAUUGUUCUCCCAGUCUCCCUUGCUGCUACCCAUUCUUACAUAUUCUUCUUCUCUUCUUCAUCAAUAAAGAGAUGAGUGGGGAAGCAAAUCAGAUCGAAGCUUCAGUGCGCCAGGCUCCUUGUCUGAAUAAGAGGAUUCUCUCAUCAAUGUCAAGGAGAUCAGUGGCAGCACAUCCUUGGCAUGAUCUUGAGAUUGGACCUGGUGCCCCCAACGUUUUCAAUUGUGUUGUGGAGAUACCAAAGGGAAGUAAGGUUAAAUAUGAACUUGAUAAGAAUACAGGUCUGAUUAAGGUUGAUCGAAUUCUAUAUUCAUCAGUGGUCUAUCCUCAUAACUAUGGUUUUAUCCCUCGUACAUUAUGUGAAGAUAAUGAUCCAAUGGAUGUUUUGGUUAUCAUGCAGGAGCCAGUCCUUCCUGGAUGCUUUUUGCGGGCCAGGGCCAUUGGACUGAUGCCCAUGAUUGAUCAGGGAGAGAAAGAUCAUAAGAUCAUUGCAGUUUGUGCUGAUGAUCCAGAGUAUAAGCACUACACUGACAUCAAAGAGCUUCCCCCUCAUCGCCUCGCUGAGAUCCGUCGUUUUUUUGAAGAUUACAAAAAAAAUGAGAACAAAGAGGUUGCAGUUGAUGACUUUUUACCUUCAAUCACCGCUGUUGAAGCAAUCCAGCACUCAAUGGACCUUUACGCGGAGUACAUUCUGCAUACACUGAGGCAGUAGACCCUUUUUCUUUAUUUUUCCCAUUUCCAUUUCUAAUGAGGGAGAGAAAGCAAUUAAUUGAAUAAGUUGGUUUAAUUGACAAUAUCCAGGAUGAUAAGAAUUUGUGUUUUGUGUGUUUGAUGAUAAUUUUAUGCUUGUUAAUUUGUUAUGAGAAGAUAUAACAGAGGAAUUUCUAUCCA